AUGCCGGCGUGCGUGCGCGCGUCCUCUACUGGGACCACUACGGUGCACGCGGUGUCGAUGCGCGCGCACCGUGUACAUGGCAUACAACGGCGGCAUUAUACGUCUAAACGUCUGGUCGACGCCGAUGGUACGCGUAUAACAUUAUGGUUGGGCGGCGGCGGCGGCGGCGUCAGCGGCUGUGGCGGCGGUGGUGGUGGUGGUGGUAGCCAUGCAACCUUCGAAACGACUGCCGCCGCCGCGUGUACGGUUCAGUCUGUAGUGCGCCGGCCGACGGAACACAGCGGAGUUAUACGACGUCGUCUGGCCAACGGGUACCCGCAGCAGCAGCAGCAGCAGCAGCAGCACCACCGUGUCGCCGCCGUCGUCGGCCAGCACCGCCAACAGAACCGCCGGAAACAAAACCGGCGCUCGGCGAAGAGUUUUCGCCACGGCGUGCCGCCCGUAGUGCAGCACCGCCGCCACGCGACUGUCGCGCGUUGUUCUUUUCGCGCGCCCGUUGACGACACCGUAACGAUAUUAUAA